UUCGGAUUAGCGUGGUGGACUAUGCCACUAGCAAUUCUCGAAAGAUCUUCAGUUCUAACUAAGCUAAAUAUUUGUGGGAAAGAAUUCACACAUGGAAGCAUCAACUCCAGCUUCUACCUUUGAGUUUAGCUUUUCAUCACGUGCCACUCAGUGGUCUCCUAUAUUACGGUUGUGAAAUGUUUUAUUGAGGAGUGAGAGUACUGUGCACGACUACCAGACUGUAACAAUUUGCUGGAGCUGGAGAGGAUCGACGAGUUCCUUUUUGUCAGUCGUAUGUGCGAUUUCUGUUAUUUCGCCAUAUGUCAAACGAAAAAAGUUGUGUUGAUGAUUUGUUGACUGAUAUUUCCUGUUCUUUUCCAUCUUACAUUACUUGUCUCGAGUUUGUAGAAUGUAAUGUUGAUGGUUCUCAUCGGGUGUGGGGGAACAGGCGCUUGCUGCUGCUGGGGAGCGUUGUCUUGAUCCAAUCCCUCUGGAGCCACCGAUCCUGGACAAAAGUUCUCAUCAAAGGGUUGAUGUUUGGCCACAAAAGUUCCUCUGUUCUACUGCAUCUUCCUCAGUUUCUGUUACAGCCUUCAUUUUCGCUUUCUCGAAGACAGACUUGGGUUUUGACAAAUUAGUUUGAUCAUGUGGCCGAGAUUAAGAUUCAUGAGAUUAACCUGUACUAAGGAAGGAGGAAUAUCUGUCUCUCUGUUUCACGACUGUCUCUAGUCUUGACGAAUCAGAUCAAUAAGACCAGUUUCAAGGAUCCAAAUCCAGCUUUUGAAAAGUGCAUUACUAUCUAAGGGCAUUGGUGGGUUUUGAUUCGACAGUGCAUGGUUUUCUAGCAAUUUAGAAAUUGGGACCAUAGCUUCUAAGUAUGGCUAAGUGACUAAUGCAAGCGGGGAGCAUCUGAGCUUUAGUCAUUAAGAAAUUGCAAGUGAGUAGCCUUAAUUAGCAUUGACUUAUUCACCAAUGCAAUCCUGCGAGGACAUAUAGACAUUCAAGCAAACCGAGUGGAAUAUCAAUCGUACACGAAUCAACAUCUUCUCGAUCUGGAAAGAACGUCCAACCUAGUCGCUCAGAAACAAAAAUUUGCAAACAAUCCCAUGGCCAACGUUUGCCUGAUUUACGAGACAAGCAUAGGAGUACAUUCCCCCAAAGAUCUGAUGAUGUAAAAAUUUUUCUAAGCGACUCACAUCCCAACCAUCUAUAUAUUUAUGUUCAAUGUAUUGUGAUUCCAAAUCUCCAAUACUCUCUAUAGUCUUUUCACUAGCAAUUCGUCUGCUUGCUUUUUCGGUGCCUUUCCCGCUCUUUGUUCGUCGAGAUUACUGUUGAGUGAGGAUGAAGAGAGGCACGAGAGUUGUGGAAUGGUUUUCAUUAGCUGUUUUGGCUAUGGCUGCGAGCUCCAUCGUUCGAGUGAGGUCACAUGGAGAACAGCCUCUGGCUCGAAUCGCCGUCUAUGAGACGGUCUUCGCUCUUGAUGGAAGAGCAACCAUCAAGGCCUCCCCUUCAGUUCUUGAACUGACGGGGCAAAAUGCGGAGUGGAUAUCGUUGGAUUAUAGCUCUCCAAACCCAUCCAAUGAUGAUUGGAUUGGAGUAUUUUCUCCCGCGAAUUUCAGUGCUUCCACCUGUCCACCUGAAAAUGCAGUUGUUCGUCAGCCUUUUUUAUGUUCAGCACCUAUCAAGUACCAAUAUGCAAAUUAUUCAAGCCCUCGAUAUGAAAAUACAGGAAAAGGGUCGCUAAAGCUUCAGCUGAACAACCAGAGAUCAGAUUUUUCAUUCGCACUUUUUUCUGGCGGAAUAUCAAAUCCAAAACUAAUCACAGCAUCAAAUACGGUUGCAUUUGCAAAUCCAAAGGCUCCAGUUUAUCCUCGCCUAGCUCAGGGAAAAGAAUGGAAUGAAAUGACUGUAACGUGGACAAGUGGAUAUGGAAUAGCUGAAGCACAGCCAUUUGUUGAGUGGGGUCCUCAAGGUCGACAAAAAAUGCGUUCUCUGGCUGGAACGCUGACCUUCGACCACAGUAGCAUGUGUGGAGCACCUGCAAGGACAGUAGGAUGGCCUGAUCCAGGAUUCAUACACACCAGUUUCUUAAAGGAAUUAUGGCCCAACUCUCUGUAUCAUUACAAGUUGGGGCAUAAGCUAUUGAAUGGUAGUUACAUUUGGAGCCAGAAAUACCGGUUUAGAGCAUCUCCAUAUCCUGGUCAAAACAUCUUGCAGCGCGUUGUCAUUUUUGGGGAAAUGGGAAAGGAUGAAGCCGAUGGCUCGAAUAAGUACUACAAUUUCCAGCGCGGCUCUCUUAAUACUACCCAUCAGCUUUUCAAGGACUUGAAGAACAUUGAUAUAGUCUUCCACAUUGGAGAUAUAUCCUAUGCAAUUGGAUAUCUUUCGCAGUGGAAUUAGUUUACAGCCCAGAUUGACCCAAUUGCCUCAAGUGUUCCUUACAUGAUUGCGAGUGGUAAUCAUGAACGAGAUUGGCCUGGAACUGGAUUCUUUUAUGGAAAUGAAGACUCGGGAGGUGAAUGUGGUGUGUUGGCUGAAACGAUGUUUUAUUUUCCUGCAGAGAACAGGGAUGAGUUUUG